GCUGUUGACAUCCAUAAUCAUUCUUGCGUGUCGGAUUCGACCGCAUGUGGCAGCAGGGAUUGGAAGUGAUUUUAACGAGGCCUAGCCUACCACCAAAGCUUGGCCUACACAAGUUCUGGUUCUAAACGUACACAAUGAGGUCUAAACGACGAAAUAGCCAUGCGGGUGAUCAUGUUGUUACUACAACUAAUAAUAAUAAUAACUUACCUCUGCACUCCCAUCGCAAGAAAGUUGCUGAGGAGGCAUCGACUUCUGCUGCUGGAGAAGGUCGAGGAGCUUCUUUUCGAGACACAGCAGAGUCACAGUCGUACACAGUUGCUGUAGGCCUAGGCCUAGAUAAUGAACCAAAGAGGAAAGUAUCCAAACGAUCAACAACAGGACAUCAUCAUAGACAAGUGUCUUCUUUAGGAGAUGAAAUAAAGAACAGCCGUCUUCACAAGACCAAAACAAAGGCUAUAAAGAAAGGGAAGGACAAGAAAAUGAAGAAAAAACAAGUAAAAGCUGUUGCAGACUCACUGAACCUGAGACAGCAACCAUUAGUAGAUUGUAAAACAGUUGUCAAUCUGAGAAGUGGUGCUAAUUCAUCACAAAAACCAUCCAAAGGUAAACAAAAGAAAAAUGAUAAUAGAAAAACUACCAAAAACAGGAAACAAAGACCCAAACCCAAGAACACUGAAACUGUAGGAAAGGGAAAAACAAUUGUUAAAAGAAUUGUCCAAAAUGUUCAAAAUGUCCUUAUCAACAAAAAGAAUGAGCCAGUACAAAAAAAGAAGAAUGCAUCACCUAAAAAAAAAUUAAACAGGAGGAGGAAAGCAAAUAGAAGCAGCACUAUGUCUGCAGUUCGUGGUAAAGUUUGUGUCGUUGAAGGUUUCAGUAAAGAAGCAUCAGAUAACUCCUGGAUUGAUAUAGACAGUACUGGAAAUGAUGAUUGUAAGGAUGGUAGUCAUCCCACUUUGCAGGUGCCAUCUGCAACUGAUGAAUGCCUCCAUUUUAAUAUUGGGCGUGAUUUGUUAGAUUCUACUGAUUGUUCUACAAGCAAAGUUGGUGUUGUAGAUCUUGCGUCCUCAAAAACAAAAUUAUUCAAAAAACCAAGAGAUGUAAAGUCUAAAAAGAAAGCAAAGAUGAAGUUGAGAUUUUCUGGUUUUGCCAUGAGUAUCAACGACACUAGCAAUUUACCACUUACGCUGGAAGAGUCUCUUAAGAUUGGUGACAGUACUGACCAAAUUUACUUAAGAACCUCAACACCUAAAGACUUGGAAGGAAGUGGGUUCUUUAGUGUUGGAAAGGACACUUCGGCCAUCCUAAACAGUAGAGAUACUGAACCAACAGCUAAAAAAUCCACACAUAAGUCUCCUUCACGCAAACGCAAGAUUGUAGAUGAAGAAAUUCCAACUUCAGAUAAGAUACCUAAGAAUGAUGCUCUCUCAGAAGCUUUGAAUUACAAGUUUUACAAGUUAGGAAACUCAUCCGAAUGCCUUGUUGUGCUUCAUGUCGGAUCAGUUCUUGCUUUUUAUGGUAAAGCACUUAUUAAAGUUGUCUAUGGUCAUGCCAACAUUUUGGGCCACCGUUUGAUCAACCUUCACGAGUUUACUCCAGUUUUCUCUCCAGAAAGUCACAGUGCCCUCUCUAUAACCACGGAGAAGAGUAAGGUUAAUAUCGUUGACUUGACUAAUAAGUUAGAUGCUAUCAGUUUUAACCCUGAUGAGAUGAAACAUGAGAUUUUGAAUCAACUGUGUCUUGGUAACUCCUGUUUAAUUUGGAUUAAGAAGAUGGAAGAUGGACUAACUCGUUACUUGUCUUGUUUUGAGGAAUUUGCAGAUUUAUUUAACACAAAAUUGCCAAAACCUUAUCUACAGACAAGUAAUGUUGGUAUUGCAUUCAGCAUUGGACUACAAUUGAUCAACUCAGACAAGGAUUCCCAGACAACAUUCCAACCUCCUCCCAAAUAUGAAGAAGUGUGUGGUACUAUCUGCAGAUCAUCAACUGACAAAACACCUGUAGUGAUCACCUGUGGGAAGAAAAAUGUUGGAAAGUCUACUUUCUGCAGAUAUUUGAUUAAUUCACUGUUGAGAAAGUGUAAGCAAGUGUAUUACUUGGAAUGUGAUGUUGGUCAGACUGAAUUCACACCCCCUGGAUGUGUGUCUUUGAGUCAGGUCUCUGAGCCUAUCUUAGGCCCUCCUUUCUGCCACCAGAAGCAGCCUGAAAAGAUGUGUUACUUUGGCGAUGUUAAAGUGAAUGAUUUUCCAGAUCGUUAUAUUUUGUGUAUUAAGCAUGUACUUGAUUACUACCAACACUCUUGUGCUGACACUUCUCUUGUUAUCAACACAAUGGGAUGGACAACAGACAUGGGGUUGAUGUUGUUGAUUGACACAAUUCGAAUGGCUAACCCUACACACAUUGUACAGUUCAUACCACCUAUUCAGUCAGUCCCACCUCCACUGGAAAUGGAAUAUAUUUCAUCAGCUGAAGGCUGGAGUGUUAAGGAGACAGAUCUGGGUUUGUCUGCACAGUUACUCAAAUUGAAUGUGGAUGGGGAACAAUCUACAAACCAAAAGUAUAAGGCUUCUUCUAUGCGAACGUUAGCACUUCUGUCUACCUUGUUUGAUCUUCAGCCUAAACCACUACCAGUAGAUCCUUUAGCCUUAUCAGGAAUUGUCCCUGUAGUGGUACCGUGGAAAGAUGUGGCGGUAUGCAUCCCUCAUUACUAUGUUCCAAGAUCACAAAUCCUGUAUGCACUCAAUGCCAGUAUAGUUGGUUUGUGUACAUUAGACUCUCAGCAGGUUGCCAUGGCAACUGAAGAUGAAGAGGGUUAUAGUCUGAGAAUUUUGUCAUCAUCACCAAUAUGUGAAUGCAUUGGUAUAGGUGUGAUUCGUGGCAUAGAUCCUGUGAAUGAAGUUUUCUAUAUCUUAACUCCAGUUGCUGAGCAGCAGCUCCACAAUGUAAAUCUUCUAAUGGGAGGAACUAUACCUGUUCCUAAGCAACUACUUGAACAGGGGCAGGGAGAUGACGUGCCCUAUACAAAACAACACUCCACAUUCAGAGAAACUGGUUCAGCUCCAUUGAGGCCGCGCAAAAAUCUAAAGAGACCAAAUCUUAGAUGGAAGACUAAGUUUGGCAGAAAAUAAAAAUAUCUUAUGUGCAGAAGAUGACUCAAAAUGUUAGAAACCCAUUGUUUAUUGAUGGCAAAAUGCAAAAGUUCAUGAUGUCAGACAAUGCAUGCAGUGGUAUUUGGUACAUAAGAUCAUAGUUUAGUCUUGUUGCUAUAAAAUUGCAUAAUGGAGAGCAGUUCUAUACGGUAGUUAUAUUUAAAUUUAUCUUUGUAAGAAGUUAUAUUCUGUAUCAUUAAUAGAACUUACAAAAGUUUAUUUGUGUUAUGUUUAUCCUUAAAUUAUUGUAAUCAAUUAGAAAAGUAAGUGUUUAGAGAAA